AUCCUAUGUGGCUGUUCUUUGCACAUGGUCAAUCCAUCUGGAACAUUUCACUCAGUGGAGGCUCUUUCGAACUUCAAAAGGCUGGCUUGCAGAAAACCGCAGUGCUCGAUGUCGAUAUAAUGGAACGCCGCAUUUUCUACGCAGAUGUUGGAUCGAACUCGAUUGAAAGGCUGGACUUAGACGGCACAUUCCCUCAGACUGUCCAGAAGUACGACGUUGAUGGUCUCGAAGGAAUCGCUGUCGAUUGGAUUGGACGCAAUCUUUACAGCCUAAGAAAGCUCAUGUUCGUGACGGAUUGGUCGUCGACGGCAUUUAUAGCAGCUGCAACGAUGGAUGGCUCCUCUUUCAAGAAGAUCAUCACCGAGCGAAUCACCUGGCCAAAUGCGGUCACUGUGGAUAUUUACGCUGAUAAGAUAUACUGGGCUGAUGCUUACAAUGACGUCAUCGAGGUUGCCGGUCUGGAUGGGUCUGGCCGACGAACCAUCAUCUCCGACUCGGGAACCGUUCCCCAUGUCUUCGCUCUUACCGUUGCUGACGAUCUACUUUACUGGAGCGAUUGGACAUACAGGGGCCUGCUACGAGCAGACAAACUGUCAGGAGACAACGUGACUGUCGUAGCUCAGACUGCUUUGUUGCCCUAUGGACUGAAGAUUUUCCAUCCAUCCGUGCAACCACACUGUAAGUUGCCUUUGUUUGAGAAUUCA